AUGCCCUUUGGUGAGUGCACUAUCACUUUGCAAGAUGUGGCAUAUCAGCUUGGUUUGCCGAUCGAUGGGGAGCCUGUUAGUGGGUGCCUGACUGACUUUGAGAGUCUGAUGAAACACGGAAGACCGACAUGGGUCUGGUUUCGCGAGUUAUUUGGGGAGUUACCUCCGCAGAAUAAAGUAAAGCAGAUGACAGUGUGCUACACAUGGUUCCAUGAGAGGUCCCGGGUUCUCCCAGCAGAUGCUAGUGAGGAGACCGUGCGUAUAUACGCGCGUGCUUAUAUUUUGAUGUUGUUGUCUUCUCAGCUGUUUGCGGACAAGAACGCAAACCGGGUCCACCUUUGUUGGUUGCCUUAUUUGGCAUCGUUGGACGAGUUGGGGAGAUAUAGCUGGGGCACGGCGGCACUGGCCUGGUGGGCUACAUAUCUAUCGAGAAAUGAUGUAGUGGGUGAAAGAGUUAUGUUUGCACGCCUUUCGUUGGAUCGAUUGCGUGUCCACGAUUUUGUAUGGGAGCCUUAUUCCUCUGUCGAGGUUGUUGCUGUUAUUCAUUCGGAGAUACUAGUUGACGAGCACCGUAGGCUAUGGACGGCCAUCACUAGCCUGAUAUAUUUUGCUGCGAUUGAGUGGCAUCAGGUGGAUAGGGUGCUACCUCAGUUUGGCGGUGUUCAGCAUCUUCCUCAGCCAGCUCUGAACAUAGAUUGGCUACAUGCCAAGGAUGACAGGGGUGGGGACCGAUGGUUCCCCAAAUAUUUUCAGGAGUGGCAUGAGCAUUGGGAGAACCGGCUUUAUUUAGUUAUACCGGUCGAUCGAGUUCUUGACCCUGGUCCAUCAGCUGAGUACUUGGACUGGUGGUGCCGUGUGGCCCACAGAUUCCUAUUCCCAGAAGUUGCAUUUCAGGAUCUGAGGCCCAUUGUAUUGAUUGAGGAAGCUCGUCAUAGAAGGUCGUCUCAGGCCCCCUCCAAGGUGCAGGACCAACCCGCUGCUAAUGAUGAAGAUGUGGUGGAUUAUCGUGUUCCUCGUCGUAGAGCCAGACGACAUGCUCCCCGGGAUGGUCGUGGACGGGCUCGAGGUGGAGGACCUUCCGUUGAGGAUGAGGGUACUCAACACGGUGUUCGUGAUGAUGUAGGUGGUUCGGCUUCAGGGAUGGAUCAACCCACCUACGACGUGGGCAGUAGCUCUCAGCUGUUUGGGAGUUUCGAGCCACAGGCAUUUGCUGAGUUUACUACCGCGGCUGUCGGGAUGGACAUCGAUGAUCCUGUUAGUCAGUCAGAGUUCUUUAGGAAUAUAGCAGACAUGCUCAGGGAUGACGAUGCGACCCAUUAUAGGCCACAGAUGCCCAAGGUUCAUUCCGAGUUUGCUGAUCAGCAGCCACCUAUUCCCGCUAUUCAGCCUCAGUUGGCCGUUGACCUCAACGAGCCUGCAUCAUCUCCUUCUGACCCAUGGUUCGCGUUAGGAGGGACCCCAGCUUUAGCAUUCAGUGUCGCUCCCCGAGAGACAGCAGCACCAGAGACGGCCCAGAGACCAAGGAGGGUGAGACGUCCUCCUUGUGUGGGACCGGAGGUCACCUGCUUGGUCAUUUGGACGAUGACGACAGUGACACCAUUGAGGAUUUUGAUUAGUUUUGUCUUAUAUUCACGACCUGUCGUCCUAUGUUGGUUUAUGUACUUAGAAUGA